AAUGAUAACAGGGGGUGAUUUUUACAAGGUGAUGUGUGCAAUGGUUCCACUGUAUUUCGCAAUGAUAGUGGCAUACGGUUCGGUGAAAUGGUGGCGGAUAUUCAGCCCGGAGCAGUGUUCGGGGAUCAACCGGUUCGUUGCCGUGUUCGCUGUUCCGGUGUUGUCUUUCCACUUCAUAGCUCAGAACAACCCGUACCAAAUGGACACCAUGUUUAUCAUGGCCGACACCGUGUCGAAGGUGUUGGUCCUUGCUUUGCUCUCGAUUUGGGCGAUCUUCUUCCCCGGCGGAUCGCUCGAUUGGCUCAUCACUCUCUUCUCCGUCGCCACUUUGCCCAACACUCUCGUCAUGGGCAUCCCUUUGCUUAAUGCCAUGUAUGGUGAUUUCACUCAGAGUCUCAUGGUUCAACUCGUUGUUCUUCAAUGCAUCAUAUGGUAUACACUAUUGCUCUUCCUCUUCGAAUACCGGGCAGCGAAACUCUUAAUCAAAACUCAGUUCCCAGGCCCUACGGCUGCCACCAUUUCUAAAUUCGAGCUCGACAAUGACGUCAUCUCACUGGACGGUCAUCCUCUCCGUACAGAAUCCGAAACCGACAAUAAUGGUCGUAUUCGUGUUCGUAUCAGGCGGUCCACAUCAUCGGCUCCGGACUCGGCUCUAUCGUCCUCCAUAUGUCUCACCCCUAGAGCAUCCAAUCUUUCUAACGCCGAAAUAUUCUCCAUUAACACCCCUGGCAGACCGAAUAAUAACGAAAUUGUUUUUGGUAACGGCGACUUGGGGUUCGGUUACCGUGCCGUUAGCCCGCGUUUAUCCGGGUACGCUUCGUCGGAUGCUUACUCUUUGCAACCGACACCGAGGGCUUCUAAUUUUAACGAAAUGGAUGUGAUCACGGCAGCUUCGGGGAAUACGCCAAUAUGGAUGAGGUCUCCCGUGGCGGGUGGUAAAGUUUUCUGGCAGCCGUCCCCGAUUGUUCCUACUAAAAUGGUUUGGGAGUGUCAAGAUGGUGGUGGGGGUGAUAAUAGGCAGGGUUUCAAAGACCUUGGUGAGAAGGAAAUUAGCUUUAGAGACAACACCAAGAUAACAAUGGAGGAGAGUAAUGGAGAUGGAAAAGAAACUGAAGAGAUGAGCAAACAAGCUAUGCCAAAGGCCAUUGUGAUGCUAAGACUCAUUUUGAUUGUCGUUGGAAGAAAGCUCUCUAGAAACCCUAAUACUUACUCCAGUAUCUUAGGGCUUCUUUGGUCUCUUAUCUCCUUCAAGUGGAAUGUGGGGAUGCCGAGUAUAGUGAAGUACUCGAUAAAAAUAAUUUCGGAUGCCGGCCUCGGGAUGGCGAUGUUCAGUUUAGGGUUGUUCAUGGCACUUCAGCCAAGGAUUAUUGCAUGUGGAACAAAAAGAGCAACAAUGGGGAUGGUGAUUCGUUUCCUAUGCGGCCCUAUAAUAAUGUCCACAGCGUCGGUAGCACUGGGAUUGAGAGGGAAAAAACUACAUGCUGCCAUCGUACAGGCGGCCCUUCCCCAAGGCAUCGUACCUUUCGUCUUUGCAAGGGAAUACGGCUUACAUCCCGACAUAUUGAGUACAGGGGUUAUCUUUGGGAUGUUGGUAUCAUUGCCUGUCACCCUUCUGUAUUACAUACUUUUAGGCAUAUGAUCUACUGAAGCAGAAGAAGAAGAAGAGUGCAAUCUCAAUAAAUGAAGUUCGAUGUACCCCUAAUACUGUAUGCUUUAGCUGGACCGAAAUUCCCUAAAAAUUUAUAUAUUUCUAUAUCUUUAUAAAGGGGGAAAUAAUAGGGUAAUCUGAAAAUGUUUGAAAAGGUUGAUAUAUAUUAGGGUUUUCUCAUGCCAUAGACUAGUGGUAGCCGAAAGAAAAAAAAAGGAAAGGAAGGGAAUUAUGAUGAGAUAUGAUUAAAUUAGAAGACUUAUUGUUCAUGUUGUGG